CGGAAGUGACAUAAGGCCGGACCCAGAACAGUCAGGGUGCCGGAGAAGCUCGGCCCCUUUGAGGCCCAGGUGCUCACCAGCCGGUACUUCUGGCUUUCCGAAGUCUGGAUCCUUGCGGCAGGCCCUAUUUUCCGAGCACAGCCAUGUCCGGUAACGGCAAUGCGGGCGCCACGGUGGAAGAAAACAGCCCAAAGAUGAGAGUGAUUCGCGUGGGUACCCGCAAGAGCCAGCUGGCUCGCAUACAGACGGACAGUGUGGUGGCAAUGCUGAAAGCCUUAAACCCAGGCCUGCAGUUUGAAAUCAUUGCUAUGUCCACCACAGGUGACAGGAUUCUUGAUACUGCACUCUCUAAGAUUGGAGAGAAGAGCCUAUUUACCAAGGAGCUGGAACAUGCAUUAGAGAAGAAUGAAGUGGACCUGGUCGUUCACUCCUUGAAGGACCUGCCCACUGUGCUUCCUCCGGGCUUCACUAUUGGAGCCAUCUGCAAACGAGAGAACCCCUAUGAUGCUGUUGUUUUUCACCCAAAAUUUGUUGGGAAGACCCUAGAAACCUUGCCAGAAAAGAGCAGUGUGGUGGGAACCAGCUCCUUGCGGAGAGCAGCUCAGCUGCAGAGAAAGUUUCCACAUCUGGAGUUCAAGAGUAUUCGAGGAAACCUCAACACACGGCUGCAGAAGCUAGAUGAGCUGCAGGAGUUCAGUGCCAUCAUCUUGGCUGCAGCUGGCCUGCAGCGCAUGGGCUGGCAGAAUCGAAUAGGGCAGAUCCUGCACCCUGAGGAAUGCAUGUAUGCUGUGGGUCAGGGGGCCCUGGGCGUGGAAGUCCGAGCCAACGAUCAGGACAUCUUGGAUCUGGUGGGUGUGUUACAUGACCCUGAGACUCUGCUUUGCUGCAUAGCAGAACGGGCCUUCCUGAAGCACCUGGAAGGAGGCUGCAGCGUACCAGUAGCAGUGCAUACAGCUAUAAAGGAUGGACAACUGUACCUGACGGGAGGAGUCUGGAGUCUGGAUGGCUCAGAUAGCAUGCAAGAGACCAUGCAGGCCACCAUCCAUGCUCCUGCCCAGCACGAAGAUGGCCCUGAAGAUGACCCUCAGCUGGUGAGCAUCACUGCCCAGAACAUUCCACGAGUAGCCCAGCUGGCUGCUGAGAACCUAGGCAUCAGCCUGGCCAACUUGUUGCUGAACAAAGGAGCCAAGAACAUUUUAGACGUUGCACGGCAGCUUAAUGAUGCCCACUAACUGGUCUGUGGGGCACAGGUGCCUGGGUUGCUACUGUCCAGUGCCUUUAUCCCAGCCCUCAGUGCCCUUAUCAUUGCUCUCUGGGGAGUGAUUACCCCAGGGAAUUUAACUGCAGGGUCAGACUUCCAGGGACUGCCUUGCCUGCUCAAUACAUUAGGGGCUUCAGCUCUUACAGAGCCCAAGUCUGAAUGUAACCA